AUGCCGCUGGAUGUGCACAUUACACUCCCGGCGGAAGUUCGGCUCUUGCCUGCGGCGGCGAUAUCGCAGCUGCCUACACCAUGGCCACGAUGUCAGGACAUCCGUUUCCUCCACGAGGAGCCAGCGGCUGGAGACUCCCUGGUGGUGGUCUCACAGUCUUGGUCGCAUCAGAUGCAUCCGGACCCCACCGGCGUGAAGGCUGCUGCCAUCAUCGGGCUUCUGAAAAAAGUUGCCGUCAAGCUGCGGGCCGAAAACCGACUGCUUGUUUUUUGCGACUUUCUUUCCAUGCCCCAGCCGCCAACGCAAGCCGACCAGGAGCCGUGGACAGAGAAGGACAGUGCUGCAGUGCUCGAGGUCAUGCAGGCCCUUCCACAGUUGAUGUUCAAGGCCGAUGCUGUUAUCCACGUCAACAGCUCUGUCACGAAGCUGGUCAUGGGGGAGGGAGAAAAGUUCAGCACGACGCUGAAGGAGCUUCAGAAGAACUGUCGGCUCCGGCAAGUUGGUAACGUGGUGCAGGUCUAUGAAGAGUUUGGCCUGAUGAACAGCAGCUUCAAUGGCAACAACUCUCCAUACAGCAUCUCGGCUCCUGGAGUCGCAGAGCUUUUUCCAGAGCGUGCCAGACAACCUCGGUGCUUCGAUCAGGUGUAUACCAUUUCGAACCGUCGGGUGAAGAGCAUUGAUGAUUUGCCGGAUGAGCGCAGCAGCUCUCAUUGCUCAGCCUGCUGGAGCCGCGUUUUUCCAGUGCACAUGGAACAGAAGGACCAGGUGGUCGAGAUGCUGAAGCAACCGUUUGGAUAUCGAAUAGAGGUGGAGCCGACCCACCAGGGGCGGACCUAUUUCGAUCGGUUCAUCAGCAUUGUGAAGGUAGCCUUGAUGGAGGAGAAUGCAGCUCACGAGGUGAUUUUUGCAAACAAUGCAGAUGUGAAGAAUGACAUCCUGAAAGGCGGUGCCCGCCUUCGAAAAGCCACGCAGAUGGGCCCGGACGUCUUGGCAGCCGAGCUGAAGUUCUUCACUGAGCAGCUCGAGACGAAGACCUUCGUCCCCGUGGGCUGGGAGCUUUGUCCGGAGCCGGGACGAAAUGGCAACAUGACGACGUUCGAGGCACAGCAGCAGGACCUGGUGUCGUCCUUGAUGCAAGUCUUCUUGGAGGAGUUGAACAUCGGAGUGUCCUUGUCGCUGUGGCGUGCACUUCGUGAAGAGCGGUUGGCCGACUGCCGGCGACUUCUGCAAGAGAAGGCAGAUCCCAAUAUCGUGGAUGGAAAGGGCAAAACAUGCCUCCAUCAUGCUUCGCAG